AUGAAUGAUCAUGUAGAAGCUGUAAUAGCUAAUAAUGUAAAUUCAAACGAUACCCCUGCAUCUGAAAUAACUAAUGUCACAUCAAAUUCUGAUGAUAUCUCUGAACAGGAUGAAAAAUGCCAAGAAAUUUCUGUUACGAAUCGUGACGAUCGACAAAAAAACUUUCUGGAUCCUGUUAUAGAAACUAAAGAAUAUUUAUCGCAGGAAAGAUCGGGAAGUGAGUCUCAAAAUUAUAACAUUUAUGUGUUUGAAGAGUCUGAUGAAAUUGAGCUCACUAAAAGUCAAUGUAUAGAGCAAGGAUUAACAAAAGAAUUGCUAAGUAGUAAUGUCAUUGUCUUACCGGCUUCCUCUAAAAUUACUGAGCAUCAAUCAUUCCAAAUUACAACACAAAGCUUAAUUUGUUUAUUCCAAAAUGCAAUUCGAGCUAGACAUGAAGAAAUCUUAUCUUGGUACUAUUACUCCGAUAGUUUUGAAAAUAAA